CACAAUGUCACAAUUAACUCAUCUUUUUUACCACUGUACGUUCUCCAACUUCACUACACAUACAAAAAGUAACCAUAUAUAUAUAAUUUCUACCAAAUGUUACCCACAAAAAACCAAGCUAUACAACUUUAUAUUUCAUCCAUAAUAACUAUAUCAAGAAACUUGCACCAAGUGAGAAUUAUUAGUACAUUUUUCUGUAAAAACGUAUGGCUGAAGAUGGGGUUAUUGUACCAUUAGAUUCAUUCUCUCAAGCAGCAGCUUCUUUGAUCAAGAAAACGGCUGUUUCGAGAAGCUGGGUUUCGGUCGACGAUAGUGGACGUAGUACUGUUUUGGACUUGGAUAAAUAUGGUAUUAUGAAUCGAGUUGCGAUUCAUGCUAGAGAUUUGAGAAUUCUUGAUCCUUUGUUGUCGUACCCUUCUGCGAUUUUAGGCAGAGAAAGAGCUAUUGUUCUUAAUUUGGAGCAUAUUAAGGCAAUCAUUACAACAGAAGAGGUAUUGCUUCGUGACCCGCUUGAUGAUAACGUUAUCCCGAUUGUAGAAGAGCUACAAAGAAGAUUGCCACCAGUUAUAGGCCAAGGAGAAGAUGAAGAGGUUAAUGGUGUUCAAGCCGACACUCAAACCAGCGAAUCAAAUGAAUUCCCAUUUGAAUUUCGGGCUCUUGAAGUUGCACUAGAAGGUAUUUGUAGUUUUCUUGAUGCGCGCACAAGAGAACUAGAAACCGAUGCUUACCCUGCUUUGGAUGAGUUGACCUCCAUGAUAAGCAGUCGUAACCUGGAUAGAGUGCGUAAGCUCAAGAGUGCAAUGACAAGAUUGACCAACCGGGUUCAGAAAGUACGAGAUGAACUUGAACAACUACUGGACGACGACGAUGACAUGGCAGACCUCUAUUUAUCAAGAAAAACGUCUUCUGCUUCUUCCCCGAGCAGUGAUGGUGGAGAUGUAACCUGGUCACCAACCUCUCCUACUAUAGAGUCAAAGAUAUCCAGAGCAAGCAGGGCAACACCAUAUUCCACUCAAGGGGAAAACGACGUUGAGGAACUAGAAAUGUUGCUUGAGGCUUACUUCAUGCAAAUUGAAGCAACAUCAAAUAAGCUGACCACGCUGCGUGAGUAUAUUGAUGAUACAGAAGACUACAUUAAUAUUCAGUUGGAUAAUCACCGAAAUCAGCUGAUUCAGUUAGAACUCUUCCUACUAUCCGGGACAGUCUCAUUGUCAGUUUACUCAUUGGUAGCAGCUAUAUUCGGUAUGAAUAUUCCUUACCCAUGGAAUCAUGACCAUGGGUUUGUAUUCAAAUGGGUGGUCAUUCUUGCUGGUAUAGUGAGUGCAUCAAUCUUUAUCUCAAUAACAACUUAUUCAAGACACAAAGGUCUUGUAGGAUCUUGAUCAAAUGCAUAAGGUGCUUCUACUCGACACGGUGACGAAAUGUACAUGCCAUCAUAAUUGGAAAACUCGUUUGUUCUUGUAUGGUUUGCACCACAUGACUCAAAUAACAAGUACCUAUGGAAAUGAAAGUGUGGGCUGUGGGAUGUCACCUCUUAUUUUGUUAUACUUGUUUGUUUAGAAGUUUAGUAGAACAAAUCUUGACUGUCUCGCCAGGAUAUCUGAAAAUUCAGGACCGGCUUUGGCUAUUUUCUACCGAGUAUAUUGUAUCACACUCGUUAUUGAUGGAAAAUUCGAUACGUUUGAA